GGCAGAACAGAGAUGUAGUGUAGAGCUCGCUGGGACUCCGUGGUCAGCCGUCUGUCACUUUUACCGGGAGAGGAUCAGUUGUCCGACGUUACCGAGGAAUGGGAAGCACCGGAUUAUUUUCGUGUUAACGUUACACUGCGUGGAUGUGUCGCGUAAUGCGACCGAGAAGAGCUGCUGCCUUCGAGGGGAGAUAUAUCUCUGGGUCGGGACGCGUUCUCGCUGGGAGUAGCUAGUCGCUAGCGUGGGGCUAGUGGCUGCGCGGACCACUUCACACCGUAUUUGUCGAGGAUGCUCCGGUGGAUACGACAGCAGCUGGGCUUUGACCCCCCUCAUCAGAGUGACACCAGGACGGUUUAUGUGGCCAAUCGUUUCCCGCAGAAUGGCCACUACAUACCGCAACGCUUCGCUGACAACAGAAUCAUCUCCUCGAAGUACACAAUUUGGAACUUUAUCCCUAAGAAUCUGUUUGAGCAGUUCAGAAGGAUAGCCAACUUCUAUUUUCUCAUUAUCUUCCUUGUACAGUUGAUGAUAGACACCCCAACUUCCCCAGUCACCAGCGGCUUGCCUCUCUUCUUUGUGAUCACAAUAACUGCCAUAAAACAGGGCUACGAGGAUUGGCUGAGGUACAAAGCUGACAACGAGGUGAAUGGGGCUCCCGUGUUUGUGGUUCGCAGUGGAAGUCUCGUGCAGACAAAAUCCAAGAACAUCAGGGUGGGGGACAUUGUCCGCGUGGCUAAAGAUGAGACGUUCCCCGCUGACCUGGCGUUGCUGUCGUCGGAUCGUGCAGAUGGCACCUGUCACAUCACCACUGCCAGCCUUGAUGGAGAAACCAACCUUAAGACCCACUUCUCUGUGGCGGAGACAGCAGUGUGUCAGUCGGUGUCCCAACUUGAGGCUCUGGAGGCUGUCGUGGAGUGUCAACAACCGGACGCUGACCUGUACAGGUUCGUCGGUCGGAUUACGGUGACUCAACAUGAAGAGGAGAUCGUCAGGUCGCUGGGUCAGGAGAAUUUGCUGCUGAGAGGAGCCAGGUUGAAAAAUACCAAAGAGAUUUUUGGUGUGGCAAUUUACACUGGGAUGGAGUCCAAGAUGGCCCUCAACUAUAAGUGCAAGUCCCAGAAGCGCUCUGCAGUGGAGAAGUCCAUGAAUACCUUCCUCAUCAUCUACCUCGGCAUCUUGCUGUUUGAGGCCAUCCUUAGCACCAUCUUGAAGUACGCCUGGCAGGCUGAAGACAAAUGGGACCAGCCUUUCUACAACCAAGAGACGGAACAAGAGAGAAACAGCAGUCCGAUCUUGAAGUUUAUCUCCGACUUCUUGGCAUUUCUGGUCCUCUAUAACUUCAUCAUCCCCAUCUCGCUCUACGUUACUGUGGAGAUGCAGAAGUUCAUGGGGUCCUUUUUCAUUGGCUGGGAUUUAGACCUAUACCACGAGGAAAGUGACCAGAAAGCUCAGGUCAACACCUCUGACCUCAAUGAGGAGCUGGGACAGGUGGAGUACGUCUUUACAGAUAAGACGGGCACGCUAACGGAAAACGAGAUGCAUUUCCGUGAGUGUUCAAUUAACGGAGUCAAGUACCGGGAAGUUAAUGGGAAACUGGCAGCAGAGGGAAUGACUGACGAUUCACCAGAUGGUUCUACGCCUCACCUGAUCGGUGAUGAAUUGUUGUUCCUCAAGGCGGUGUCAUUGUGCCACACAGUUCAGAUCAGCUACGACCAGCCGGACUGCCUGGUCGGGGGAGGAGACUCGUUCUCCCAUGCAAACGGUUUCUCGUCCAGUCACAUGGAAUACUACGCCUCUUCACCGGACGAGAAAGCUUUAGUGGAGGCAGCAAAGAGGAUUGGAGUGGCCUUCACUCGCUCCAGUGGAGAUACCAAGGAGAUCAAAACAUUUGGCAAGUCAGAGAAAUAUAAAAUGCUCCAUCUGUUGGAGUUUGAUGCAGACCGCAGGAGAAUGAGCGUCAUCCUGGAGACUCCCUCAGGUGGCAAAGUGCUGUUCACCAAGGGCGCAGAGUCGGCCAUCUUGCCUUUCACUACCAGCGGUGAGAUAGAAAAGACGAGACUGCACGUUGACGAGUUUGCCUUGAAAGGUCUGCGUACCUUGGUUGUCGCGUGUCGCCACUUCAGCCCAGAGGAAUACGUUGAUGUGGACAAGCAUCUGAAUGCUGCCCGCACCGCGCUGCAGCAGAGAGAGGAGAGGCUGCAAGAGGCCUUCGCCUACAUUGAGAGAGACAUGCAUCUGCUGGGAGCAACCGGGGUCGAGGACAAACUUCAAGACAAAGUCCAGGAGACCAUUGAGGCUCUGCGGAUGGCAGGGAUCAAAGUAUGGGUGCUCACGGGGGACAAACACGAGACGGCGGUCAGCGUCAGCCUUUCCUGUGGCCACUUUCACCGCACCAUGAACAUCCUGGAGCUUCUGCAGCAACGUUCUGAUAACGAGUGUGCCGAGCAGCUCCGCAGACUGGACAGGAGGAUAAAGGAGGACCAUGUCAUUCAGCACGGGUUAGUCGUGGAUGGGGCCAGUCUGUCUUUAGCCUUGAGGGAACACGAGAAGCUCUUUAUGGACGUUUCUAAAAACUGUUCAGCUGUGCUGUGCUGCCGCAUGGCCCCGCUACAGAAAGCUAAGGUGGUGCGUCUUUUGAAAACCUCCCCAGAGAAACCCAUCACUCUAGCGAUUGGAGAUGGAGCAAAUGAUGUCAGUAUGAUACAGGAAGCGCAUGUGGGCAUAGGUAUCAUGGGGAAGGAGGGUCGCCAGGCUGUGAGAAAUAGUGACUAUGCAAUUGCCAGGUUUAAGUUCCUGUCCAAACUGCUGCUAGUCCACGGUCACUUCUACUACAUUCGAAUAGCUACACUUGUACAGUACUUUUUCUACAAGAAUGUGUGUUUUAUCACGCCACAGUUUUUAUACCAGUUCUUCUGUCUGUUUUCACAACAAACUCUGUAUGACAGUGUUUAUCUGACACUGUACAACAUCUGCUUCACCUCGCUGCCCAUCCUGGUGUUCAGUCUGUUUGAGCAGCUGGUCCACCCACACGUGCUGCAGAGUAAACCCGCCCUGUACAGGGACAUCAGCAGGAAUUCUCUGCUGUCUUUCCGGACGUUCCUGUACUGGACUUUGUUGGGUUUCCUUCACGCCUUUAUCUUCUUCUUCGGAUCCUAUCUACUGAUGGGCGAGGACACCUCGCUUAUGGGCAACGGACAGAUCUUGCGAGCUAACAGGCAGCUGAUGUUCGGGAACUGGACACUUGGAACGCUGGUCUUUACUGUAAUGGUCAUCACAGUCACAUUAAAGCUUGCAUUAGAGACUAAUUUCUGGACGUGGAUGAACCAUUUUGUGACGUGGGGUUCGAUUGCCUUCUACUUCAUCUUCUCUCUCUUCUAUGGAGGCAUCAUCUGGCCGUUCCUCCACUCCCAGGACAUGUACUUUGUAUUCGUACAGCUGCUGUCCAGUGGUUCAGCCUGGUUUGCCAUUAUCAUCAUCAUCAUCACUUGCCUCUUUCCUGAUGUGGUGAAGAAGGUCUUCUAUCGACAUCUGCAGCCCACCAGCACACAGAAGAGUCAGUCUCUGUCGGCCCCCCAGACCCUCAGCUGUGUGGAGUCCCUGUGCUGCUACCAACAUGGGCAGAGCGGCUGGUCCCGCCUGGUCCGCCUCCUGGGAGAAGUGACGGGACGCUGCCAGGCCUGCGCCAGCAAUUGCCACGUGUCCAGCCGCAGCAACAGCUGCUGUCUGACUUCCCUUGCUCCUCUUCUUCAAGAACAAGGGGACCCUAAACCAGAGAGGCUGCUGGGAAUUGUCUUGGAGCGACACGGAGAACUUCUACUCCAACGAUCGCAGCAUCUUGACGCUGUCGCCCAUCGAGUCCACCCAGUGCUGACUCCCAUCUGACUGGCACACAGAUCUGGGGGAGGGCUUCUCCUCCACAUAACCACCCCCCCCCCCCACCUCUGUGCCACCAUUUAAUACACCUCCAUACAUUUAAGACGGCGGCAUUCUGAGCCGGACGCAACACGGCUGCAUCGCGUGAAGCCAAAGGACCCGGCGUUAGUGGAGCGGUUGAGAAGGACGAGGAAAGGAAAUGAAACGUCACGGCCUGAAGCCGACCUCAUCUGUGGAGCUGCUUCUGUAGGAAGAUCAAGGCAACAGCAAUCCUCCCGUUGCUGCUGCGAGCCCCGCAACAAUAUCUGUAAACAUUUAAAUUCAUCUGGGAAGUUAAAGAAGACACGUGGGCGCCGCCCCGGUACAGGAACUCUCCUGCAGCCAUUUGGUUCAUAUUUUUCCGCAUCGUUUCCAACGUUGUCUUGCAGCUGGUGAUGUCCUUCCUGACAAUCUGGACGUUUUGCGAUCUUGAGGCCAGCAGCUGUCCAGCUCGGAGCUUUGUAGCCUGCCGACCCUGUAGCACCGGGUCCAAAGCCCCACUCGUGCUUCUCAGAGGUGUCUGCUUGUAGCGCAUCGUCAUCGUCCUCAUCCUCAUCAUCAUGUUGCGUCCAUGGACUUCCUCUUUGAGCUGCCGGCCCCGCUGCACCUUUUUUCUCUCAUUCGGAUGAAAAACGAUGAAACUGUAGACGACAUCUAUGUUCCAGCGCCUGGCUGGACCUGAAGUCCGUCGAUCCUGUAAAGGAGAUUCAUCUCCACCAAAGGAUUCAGACUGGAGUUGAACAGAAAAGCUGUUUAUUGUUGUGCCUGAUUGUACGGAAGCUUCUCUUGUUGUUGUUUGUGCUGCUCUCUGGUCUGACCGGUCAGGCCUCGCCGUGCCUGCUGAGGAGGGCAGAUGGGGCCGCUUUGAAAGGCCAUACGUUUUCAGGAGGUUACAUUAUUGAUAUUUGAGUGCAGAACGACGCUGUUGGAGCCUAUUGUUGUUACUUUGUUCCCCUUUAAUGCCUUUUCGCCUUCAGCCGGUUGGGCAUCUCGGCAUUGAAGACCACGGCGCUCAGGGAAUGUGUUGAGGUCACGGGGUCAGGCUGGGAGGCGGUCUGAAAGAGGCUGCAUUGGUGGAAACAUCCCUCUGUUGCCCACGUGUCCAAUGAGAUAACGGUACCAUUUCUAAUUCAGCAAGACAAAAAUGGCUUCAAUGGCGAGAUGCUUUUCUGAUGCCCGUCGAGCCAGACAGCCGAAUGUCGAGAGAAAGAAUGAGAGAGAGAGAGUUAUAUCGGUUAAAUCUAAUUCAACUUCUACAGAGCUGAAAACAAGAGCAGGCCGUUUGCACAAAUCAUCUCGUUAUUGCUCAAUUCAUUGCACAUCACCUAACUCAUGUUGUUGUUGUUGAGUGAGUGACCGAGUGAGUGACCUUGUUGUGAGCUCUUUGCAUGACCUCAGUGGCCACAUGCUGUCUGAAGUAAAAGGUGAAAUGUUUCUCUUUGAUCUUGGUUUGACCUCUUCUUCCAAAAAGAGUCUAAACGAGGAAACGUGUGCCGGUUCUUAUUUGUAGGAGUCGGUCGACUCCAGAAGUGUAACGUAGAGACGUUUCAAGACAACCGUUUUAAGCCGCAGCUCACACGUUUCCGUUGUUAUGGUUUCGGUUGAAAAAAGUCAGUCAAGUUAUUGACUAUUGUGUUUAUUUGCUAUACGGUACACAUUGUUGGAUGCACACUUGGCCUGUUAACGUUCAUAAAGGUGCAGCUCACGGUGGAAAUGUAUAUUUAUUAUUGAAGUACUUUUUUUUUCUGUAUGUGUCUUGAAGUUUCUUCCAUAUUAUUUGACAUGUGUCCUGUUCAGUUACACUCUGUGUCUGAGACGUGGAACCAGGAAGUUGACGUGUUAUCUAAGCUCCUUGUUUUGGCAUAAUAUAUAUAUAAGCAGGAUGUUUAGCACGUGGGAACUCCCAGGUAGAGCUUUCCUUUCACAACUCGAGAGGUAAUGAUCAGGCCACAUGCAUUUUGUUGUUAUUUAACCUUUGUGUUCAUACUGCUAUGAAAAUGUCUACCUGGGUACCGAUGACAUCAGUAAUCUGUACCUGGAUGUGGAAAACGACAUGCUAAUGCUGGUUUAUAGGGGCACUUCAACCUUUGUGCACAUAGUUAUUAGAACAAUUCACUCAUACUCAACAUGUUGACAUAAGCUAGGAGCAUGCAACAGAUUGAUGAGUUGCAUAUGGGGAUUUUUCUUUUUCGGUUGACUCACACAAGGGACAUGUUCAAUUCUGUUGCGUAAAUUUUGGCCAUCAUGUUUGUAUGCGUAUAGCAAUAAACUACAGAGGACAAGUCUGAUCAGAAGCGGGCUGUGUUGGUGCGCUCCCUUGUGCUCACAUACGGAGGCCCAAAGUGUUAAAGAUGUAAUGUUUAAUAACUCUGUUAUGUUAAUAAAUACAAACAAAUAACUGAACAGUACGAGUUACAUCUUUAGAAAACAUUAUGCUUCAUUUCUUGAUGGAAGAUAGAUCUACAAGAUACAAAUAAAUGAUGAAAGUAAUUUUUGUAAGUCUUUAUUUGAAAGAAUUCGUGAAAUAAGUGUGAAUUUACAUUUAAGAACAGUGAGUAUAAUUGUUUUCAUCUCUAGGGUCAAAACAAUCGAACCUCUAUUUUUUUUAUUGCAUAUCCAUCCAGGUAGUUAUAUUUUUUCAAGUGGCACUAGUCAUAUUCUUCUGCUCUUAUGCAGAAAACUGAUACUAUAUUUUUUCAGAUCUGAUUCUCAAAGCGUCAGAGCCGAAGACGAGAAGGCAGCCGGUUUGUAAACGAGGCCUUUGGGUUAUUUCUAGAAGCAGGAGAUUACGAAACCACAUAUCAAAAUGUUUUCAACAGUCAAUUAAAAUGAUAUCCAGCUUUGACGACCAUGUCAUCCAUAAAGAGCAUUUUAUAUUCGGUCUACGGAUGUGGUUUUAAACCAAGUGCUCCUGCUUCUUCAAAUAUUGGCCAUAUAUUGAAUAUGUGUAUAGACACAAUGAAAAUCUAAUAAAUACAAGUACCAUCAUCAUACCGAACCCAGAUCCUGAACUAUUCAAUUCACUGUUAUUGUUGCCAUAUAUUAUGGAAGUAUCAACAUUUUCAAGUUGUUUCAGGAAAGUUUAAAAACAGGAAUCUAAAUUGUAUUUGUCUUCUACUCGUAUCAAAUGAUCUGAUUUGUGUGGACUGAGCAUCAGCUAGUCUGACACAAGCUGCAGAUCAGAGCUGACCUGUUUAUUAAACCUUCUGAUAUCUGUUUACGUCUGUCUGUCCGAUCUAUAAAUGUCUUAUAGCUGAUGCUUAUGGAGAUGCAGUUCUAUUUACGAAAUAAAUACAUUUAUAAGAAUCA